AGAUAUUGUUCAUUUCUCCCUCUCAGUCUACAAAUCCCGGUUGCGGGGCUCAUUGCUCUGUGCGUCUCGGAGAGAGGGAGGGAGAGAGAGAGAGAGAGAGAGAGAGAGAGAGAGAGAGAGAGAGAGGGAGAGAGAGAGAGAGGGAGAGAGAGAGAGAGGGAGAGAGGGGCAGAGAGAAAGAGAAAGAGGGCGGAAUGCCCCUUUACAAGCGUCGCAUCUGACUAAAACAGCGGAGAGGCUCGUAAAUCGGGACAUUGGACAGACAGAGAGGGAGGGAGGCGGUGGCUUCUGCAACGCCAAGGUGAUGUAAAAAGAGAGUGUCCGCAAAUCCGACGGCGACUUCCCAUCCUCGCCCGUGUGUGUUGGAUGAGUUCCGCCGGGUUCCUGUCGGAGCUACGUGAUCUGGUCUUGGAGGCAUUGGGAAAAUAACGAGCUAAAGGUCGUGCACGCACUGCAGGCAUAGCUCCCCCGUUCCUCGGAGACAGAUAUUUGCGAAGAAAAACUUGUGCAUGUAGGGAGUCGCUCGCGGUUUGCAAAUUCGCCAUGGCCCAGAACCUCGACAGUCAAGCUCAAUAAAGGGAAAGAGAGAGGGGCGGGUGUCGCUCGGUCGUACAUGGGCACGUCCGUCUGGUCUCCGUGAACACGCCCAGGACGCCCCCUCCGCAGGGCCCCUGCAUCGCCCCCCCUCCUCAGCUCCCCCCGCCGCCGCCGCCGCCGCCCCUCUCAGUUCACGCCUUGCAAAAAGGUGGACGGGCCAACUCUCCGCUCACCCGAGUGCCGUCCGGUGAGGUGAGGGCGGCGUGGGCUGCGCCGUCGUUGGCCGACUGCUGGUGAGAGUGCGAUGCGGAUUGGAGGAUGUCGGGGGACUGGGAUGAAGACCUGUGUAAGAAGGCGCUGGUGCUGGUGGAGGAGCUGUGCUUCAACUCCCCGCGGGGCUACAGCCAGAGCGAACGCUGCCAGGAGUUCAGCUACAUGCUGAGAGGCCGCAACAGACAGCUGGACACAGAGAUCUCUGUCAGCCUGCUGUCGGUCAUCGUGACGUUCUGUGGCAUCGUCCUCCUCUCCGUCUCCCUCUUCGUCUCAUGGAAGCUCUGCUGGCUGCCGUGGCGGGACAAGGAGGGCGGAGGCCUGAGCCUGACGUCGGGGCUGCUGCCCGGAAGCGCCGGCGUCGGCAGCCUGGGCGGCCCCGGCGGGGCGUCGCUCUUGCCCCCGCUGCUGCAGCGGAAGGAGGGCCACUCCUCGUCCUCGCUCUACCCGACCCUGGGCCAGCAGGGCCAGCACCACCCGCACUUCUCUGACCUGGUGGGGCUGGAGAGGGGCGAGGUCGGAAGCGUGGCCGGGGGCCCGCAGGAGACCCAGGAGCAUUCCUACCUGGACAUGGACUCCUACCCCAACAAUGCUGGAACUCUGAAGCUGAGUACGACGUCGCCGGACGUCCCCAACUCAGAGGGCGGCGCCAACAAGGACCUGCCCAACGCUCACUCCCAGCAGCAGGUCACCCCAAGGCCCAAGCCCAUGACUCACCAGCUCUCCAGUCCGGAUUUCCACGGUGAGGAGAAGGAGCAGGUGACCAGCAUCGGGCAGAUCAAGCCGGAGCUCUACAGACCCAAGGGCGACCAGGGCGACGGCAAACAGGGCGACAACUGCGGCAAGAUCAGCUUCCUCCUGCGCUACGCCUUCAACACGGAGCAGCUGGUCGUGAAGAUCCUGAAAGCUUUGGACCUGCCGGCGAAGGACGCCAACGGCUUCUCCGACCCGUACGUCAAGAUCUACCUACUGCCAGACAGGAAGAAGAAAUUCCAGACCAAGGUUCACAGAAAGACCCUGAACCCGGUGUUCAACGAGACAUUUCAGUUCGGCGUGCCGCUGAAUGAGCUACAUUCCAGGAAGCUGCAUUUCUCCGUGUACGACUUCGACCGCUUCUCCAGACACGACCUGAUCGGCCAGGUGGUGGUGGACAACCUGCUGGACUUCAGCGAGGGCAGCGGCGACAAGCCCGUCUGGAGGGACAUCGUGGAGGGCACGGCGGAGAAGGCUGAUCUCGGGGAGCUUAAUUUCUCGCUGUGUUACCUGCCCACCGCCGGCAGGCUCACCGCUACGGUCAUCAAGGCCACCAACCUCAAAGCCAUGGACCUGACCGGCUUCUCAGACCCGUACGUGAAGGCCUCGCUGAUCUGUGACGGGCGGAGGCUAAAAAAGCGGAAGACCUCCAUCAAGAAGAACACGCUGAACCCCACGUACAACGAGGCGCUGGUGUUUGACAUUCCCAAUGAAAAUAUAGAAAGUGUGUCCAUCAUCAUCGCGGUGAUGGACUACGACUGUAUCGGUCAUAACGAGGUCAUAGGGAUGUGUCGUGUGGGCAGCGAGGCCGAGGGUCCCGGAAGAGAGCACUGGACGGCCAUGCUGGCCAACCCACGCAAACCAAUAGAGCACUGGCAUCAGCUUGUGGAGGAAAAGGCAAUCGGUGCGUUUGUGUCGAAGAGCGCCACAACACCGUCCCCGAAGCCUCACAUCGUCGUGGACAGCCCUCACUCGGAUUAAGAAGAACGGUCAUCACCAUCCCUCCAGCUCCAGACUUUCCUUUCUUUCCUCUCAUCUGUGAAUAAUUCUGUCCAUCAAAGAAAAGGAGAGAGAGAGAGAGAGAGACGCAGAGAAGACGAGCGGGGCGGGUGUCCGACUGCGAGUGGCCGCUUCGCUCCCGCUAAUGAAUCCUCCCCAGCACGGGAAAUUAAUAAAGAGAUAAUAACAAAUAAGUCCCACAUCCGACCCACAGUCUCCACUAUGAGCAUCAGACUCCGUACCGCGUCAACCUGGUACAGUGGGCCGGUCGUCAGGUGUGACUCUGGGACCGAGCGCACACGUAACUUACACGCACACACAUACACGAAAAAAUAAAUAAAUACACACAGAGUUUGUAGUAUGUGCGUAGUCCAUGUGUGCAUUCAGUAGGUUUUUUUUUCCCCCCAUCUAGGAGGAGUGUGACGUGACAAAACCUUUCUCUCUUGAAAACAACAACAAAAAAAGAUUUAAAUACAAAAAUAUUCUUUAAAAAAAGAAAAGAAAAAAGAGAGCCAUCACAGAAUGGCUAUUUCAACCAGGACCAAAGGUUCAUGCCCUUGUACAGACUAUAAAAGAAGAAAAAUCACUAUGUCGAUAUUUUUUCUUUGCAACAUUGGUGUACAGUUUAUGCUGUAAUGUAUAGGAGGGGGGGGGGGGGGGACAGAUAUUUUUUCUUCUUCCUGUACAGUACGGACAGAGCAUCCGCGGAGGAUUCUCCUGGGCCACUCUGGACGCCUCCUCCGGGCUCCGUUAAAAAAACAAACCAAACAGCAACCCUCUGGUUUCGGACGUGUCUCGCUUAUUUUCCCCGGAGGAAAGACGACGAAGCCUCCAGUGGUUCUCUAUUGAUGUCAAAGGAGGCGGAACGGGCGAGAACGGGACUCAUUCGGUCGACGCAUGUUACACAACCUUGAAAUGUGCCCCCCCACCCCCACCCGCGCCCCCCUCCUCAUGCUUUUUCGUCAUGGUGCUCAUCGCUAUCAGCUUUUUUUUGUUCUUUUGAAAUGAUUUUUGGUUUUGCCUUUUGUGUCAUAGAGUAUAAAUUGACCCGUCGGGAGAGGAGCUUAUUCAUGCCAUUUCUUUUGUCUUUUUUUUUGUUUACCGUCCACUGAGGAUGAGACGGUAUCAGCUCCUGAGAGACUCUUUGGACUGUCCCGCAGCUUCGCGGCCAAAGUGGCAGACUUUUCCUACCGUAGGACCACGCGGGCUGAACGCAGCGCGAGGGGAUAUCGCCGCUCUACCUUAUUUUUCUAUCAUCCCAGGACUUUAUUUUUCUUUUUCUUCCCGUUUCCUCAAGAGGUCCUCGUCCAGCUUCCGAGUCCACACCGUGUCCCCGGCGAGACUCUCCCAGGACACACACGUCCCGUGUCGCUUUUGUCAGUGUGUGUUUUUUCCGUGUCCGUGGGCGUGUUUGUUUUGUAUUCGUGCGCGUGUGCGUGUGUGUGUGUGUGUGUGUGUGUGUGUGCCUGGGUGUGUCACUGUGACCUUGUGCGUGACACUGUGACCUUGUGCGUGACACCUUCCUGUCUUCGCCCUCCCCGAAUCCCGGCAUUCCCACUGGACUGAAAUGCUCGUCUCGGGGGGCCAAACGUGUCUACCUGUCCUGUGUCGUCACGAGCAGCCAUCUUGUGUGUGCGCGCGCGCGUGUGUGUGUGUGUACUGUACGUGCCUCAUUGCACAAGGCGGGGGAACUCUGUCUUUCACGGACAUCCGUUUGUAUCGUCUUAUGUCGUCUCUGAAAUCGGCCGCCAGUCGCUCGGCCCCUCCUUUCCUCUCUAAGCCCCUUUGCCUGAUGUAAGUAACUGUGUUGAUCGUGUACUUCUUUCGGUAAUUUGUGUACUGUAUGUGUGAGGGGAUAAAAAAAAAACAGAAAAAAAACAGACGGCCCAGUGGUUGAAACUGUGAAAUUGUUGGGUGUGUUUUGAUUAAAUUUACCAGAAGGAAUACAACGACCAAACAGAGAAACAGAGAGAAGAAAGAAAAGAAGAAGGAAAAAUAAAGAGCCCUCCGAGGCUCAUUUGUUACGGCCCGCGGAUCACGGCAAAUUUCAGAAUUCCCCCUUAAAGCAAGACAACGGGGAGGAGGUGACGUGAGAGAAAAAAAGCGAGCACUUCCUGUGUGAGCCGACUCGGACCCACUCGCCAGGCCACGUGGGUCACCGCUGCCGCGACUGCUGCCACCGUCGCCUCAGCAAAACAACAGCACGACACCCCGCUGCAGCCACUUGUGUGGCCGCCGUUGCCGUUUCCCCCCUUCAUCGUUUCACACCGACCAACACACACGUGUCUGUCGAGGAAGGGGUGUGUGUGUGUGUGUGUGUGUGUGUGUGUGUGUGUGUGUGUGUGUGUGUGUGUGUGUGUGUGUGUGUGUGUGUGUGUGUGUGUGUGUGUGUGCGUGUGCUUGUUUCAGGGGCGGCAGCAGGUUUAUUUCUCCUUUAUUCCCUUUUGGGAUGGUGGCGCUGCAGGGAGGCUCACUGGCGUGCUCCAUCGGGUCCUCGGGACGCGACCCAUCGCGCACCAUACCCGGCAAACCACCGCUGCGUGGUCUGUCAGAUGGGCGGAGUAUCGACCAGCUUGUAUAAGUAGAUAUGGUAUUGAUCCAUUGGUCUCUAUAUGUCUCUCUCUCUCUCUCUCUCUCUCUCUCUCUCUCUCUCUCUCUCUCUCUCUCUCUCUGCUUGUGUCUGCCCUGUUCGAGCCCUUGUGUUACUGCCUGCUGAUGGAUCACAGAACUCAUAGUGGCUCCAGCACGUUCUCUUCCUCCCUCCUCCUCCUCAUCAUCAUUUCUGUUUCUGUCUGUCUGAUUACUGUCUGAUUACUCAUUCUCUCCUCCAGCGGUUCCUUACCUCACCUCCACCUCCCCCUCACCUAUCCAUUUCUCGCUCCAUCCCUUGUUCCCUCCACCAUCCCCGCUCCCCUUGCUUCCCCUCCACAUCCCUCCAUCUUGCCCUCUUUCUCUCUUUCGUUUCCUCUGUGUCAACCCCCCCCCCCCCUCCCUCCUCCCUCCUCCCUCUAUUCUCUUUCUCUCGCUGUCUUCUCGUGUUAGUGCAGUUCUGAAUGGUCAUGGGGAAACAUGUUUGCAUGCUUAUAUUAACAUGAAUGAUGUCAACUUGAUGCAACGAAAAAUUAUAUAAGUGAUGCUUUAAGCAAAAUCUGACAAUGAACUCGAUACUAAUACUACUAAUGGCGACUAAAUGGAGACCGAGCAGUUGUUCAUCUCUUGCGGUCCGAAACAACAAUGGCGAAAUAACAUUGUUUAUGCUGUAUUUAUCUUUCUCGAAGUUGGUAUUUUUCUUUUUGGUUUUCAGGUUUUUUUUUUUACAUAUGAUUUAUUCAAGAGGUUUACUUUUUUAUUGGUUGAUGCUGAGAACUUGAGUGAGGGGGUUCAGUCGGGGAGGUUGUUUCAGUCGGGACAGCUGUGUCGGGUCGCAGGAUGUCGGUGAACGUGUUCAGGAGCAGUGUGACUGAAGCAACGAUGAUGGAAAUAAAGGAUAUGUAUAAUCCA